GGGUUUAUGGUCUUGCUUGCCGGAGAAACUUUUCCGACGACUGUCCACAACCAUUUCCAUAAACCUCGAGAGCACCUUUUCUCAGUCCGAAAUGUUUGAAUUCUAGAAAAAAAUUUGUUUGUUAAUUGGGUUUAGGAAGCUGUUUCUACUCGUACUCCAAUGGCUGCUUCUAGACUAUGUUCCGCGGCGGCGAUAGCUGCUACGUUCACUUCAAUGUCGAUGUCACAGAACCGCGCCUACGCUGACUCGCAAUUUCGCAUUCCUUUCUUCUCUUCUUCACCACCGGCAGAAAAAUCUCCAACCGAUCACAAGUCUUCGUCGAAUUCUAAAUCGGAGACCAAAUCGGAAUCCGAUGAGCCUAAAGGAUCUGGUUUCGAUCCUGAGUCCUUGGAAAGAGGUGCUAAAGCUCUUCGUGAAAUCAACAACUCUCCUCACUCCAAACAGGUGUUUGAUCUAAUGAGAAAGCAGGAGAAGACUCGAUUAGCUGAAUUAGCGGCUGAGAAAGAACAUAAUGAAGCCAUUCAAGCUCACAAGGACAUUGAAAGGCAGCGGAAACUGGCUGAGGAGCAGAGAAAUCUUGUGCAGCAACAAGCACAAGCGAAAGCUCAAAUGCUUCGAUAUGAGGAUGAUUUGGCAAGGAAGCGACAGCAGACAGAUCAUGAAGCUCAGAGAAGGCAUAACGUUGAAUUGGUUAAGAUGCAAGAAGAGUCUUCUAUUCGGAAAGAAAGAGCAAGAAUUGCCACGGAAGAACAGAUUCAAGCACAGCAGCGCGAGACUGAGAAAGAGAGAGCUGAACUUGAGCGAGAAACAAUUCGUGUCAAAGCCAUGGCUGAGGCUGAAGGCCGAGCUCAUGAAGCUAAACUUACUGAGGAGCAGAAUAGGAGAAUGCUUCUGGAUAAGAUAAAUGGUGAACGGGAAAAAUGGCUUGCAGCAAUCAACACAACCUUCAGUCACAUUGAAGGGGGAGUCAGAACCUUACUAACUGAUCGAAAUAAACUGAUUAUGACUGUUGGAGGAGUUACAGCAUUAGCUGCUGGGGUUUACACAACUCGGGAGGGUGCUAGGGUUACCUGGGGUUAUAUUAACAGGAUUCUUGGGCAGCCAUCACUUAUCAGAGAAUCUUCCAUGGGUAGAUUUCCAUGGGCAAGCUCAGUAUCUCAGUUUAAGAACAAAAUUAGUACAGCUGCAGGGGCAGCAGCAUCUGCAGAAGGAGAAAAGCCCCUUGAAAAUGUAAUUCUCCAUCAUUCCUUGAAGCAGAGAAUUGAACGUCUUGCUAGAGCCACAGCAAAUACCAAGACCCAUCAAGCACCAUUCCGCAACAUGAUGUUUUAUGGGCCUCCAGGUACUGGUAAAACUAUGGUGGCGAGGGAGAUUGCUCGGAAGUCGGGUCUUGAUUAUGCUAUGAUGACAGGAGGAGAUGUUGCUCCUCUUGGUGCACAGGCUGUAACAAAAAUCCAUCAGAUAUUUGAUUGGGCUAAGAAAUCAAACAAAGGCUUACUGCUUUUCAUUGAUGAGGCCGAUGCUUUCCUAUGCGAACGUAACAGCACGUACAUGAGCGAGGCCCAGCGCAGCGCUCUGAACGCAUUACUCUUUCGAACCGGUGAUCAGUCACGUGACAUAGUUCUUGUCCUGGCUACAAACAGACCGGGUGAUCUUGAUAGUGCAGUCACUGACAGGAUCGACGAAGUUAUCGAGUUUCCUCUCCCUGGUGAAGAAGAACGCUUCAAGCUCCUUAAACUCUAUCUCAACAAGUACCUAGCUGGUGAAGACAAAGAUUCCAACCUUAAAUGGAGCAGCUAUUUCAAGAAGAAGUCGCAAAAGAUAACCGUUGAAGAAGACCUAACCGACCAAGUGAUCAGAGAAGCUGCAAAAAGGACAGAAGGUUUCUCUGGUCGUGAAAUUGCUAAGCUUGUCGCUGGUGUCCAAGCUGCGGUGUAUGGACGACCGGAUUGCGUCUUGGAUUCCAAGUUUUUCGAAGAGAUUGUGGAUUAUAAAAUUGAAGAACAUCACCAGAGAAUCAGACUUGCGACUGAAGGCGGCCAAUCGUUUCCGUAGAUCUUUUAUGUACGGGUUUCCUUAGUAUUUGGAUUUAUAAAAAAUGAAAUAGUGAACAUUGUUUGAGUGACCGGUUCAAUUUCGGUUAGCAGAGGAAUUGGAGUCCAAUUUUAAUCUUAAGGCUUUCCUGCCCGGUUUUGCAAA